UGUAUAAAAAGCUACAAAGAUACCUAAAUCCAUAGGCCUGACUAUUUUGGCAAGAGAAAUGAUUAAAAUGCUGGAAAUUCAUCUAGUAAAAAGUAUCUUUUCUCUAAGCAAACUGAUUGUCGUUUUCAGAUUUGAAAUCAAUCUAAAUUCAUGGAGAGUGAUUAUAUUCAAACCACAGUAUGUCAAGAAAGAAAAAAAGACCCAGUAGAAAUGUUUCAUUCUGGACAGCUGGUAAAAGUCUGUGCCCCAAUGGUUCGAUACUCAAAGUUGGCUUUUAGGACACUGGUAAGAAAAUACAGUUGUGAUCUAUGCUACACUCCAAUGAUAGUUGCUGCUGAUUUCGUCAAAUCUGUAAAAGCCAGAGACAGUGAAUUUACCACUAAUCAAGGUGAUUGUCCACUGAUUGUUCAGUUUGCAGCGAAUGAUGCAGGACUUUUAUCUGAGGCUGCUCGUAUAGUCCAUCCGUAUGCGAAUGGAAUAGACAUUAACUGUGGUUGCCCUCAGAGGUGGGCAAUGACAGAAGGUUAUGGGGCUUGCUUAAUAAACAAACCAGAGCUUGUUCGUGAUAUGGUAAAACAAGUAAGAAAUCAAGUGGAAAAUCCCAGAUUUUCAGUAUCUAUUAAAAUAAGGAUCCAUGAUGAUCUUACAAGAACUAUAGAUCUUUGUCGAAAAGCUGAAGCAACAGGAGUUUCCUGGAUUACAGUCCAUGGAAGAACGGUUGAAGAAAGACAUCAACCAGUACACUAUGAGGCCAUUAAAAUAAUUAAAGAAAAUAUAUCUAUACCAGUAAUUGCUAAUGGCGACAUCAGAAGCUUAAAAGAAGCAGAAAAUGUGUGCCAUAUUACUGGGACAGAUGGUGUUAUGGUUGCAAGAGGACUCUUAACAAAUCCCGCCAUGUUUGCUGGGUAUGCGGAAACCCCUCUAACAUGCGUCUGGGACUGGGUUGACAUUGCUCUUGACCUUGGAACUCCUUUUAUGUGUUUUCAUCAACAUUUAAUGUACAUGAUGGAAAAAAUAACUUCAAAACAGGAAAAAAGAGUUUUUAAUGCUUUGUCAAGUACAUCAGCAGUCUUAGAUUAUCUUACAGACCAUUAUAGGAUUUAACUGAGCUUCUUAAAUUAUUUUGACCUACUUCAUCUUAUGCCUACAAUGAAAACAUGAUGGUUAUGUUUUGUUUUUUUUCUUUAAAUCAGUGGCUUUCAAAUGAUCCUUUGGCAACAUCUUUAGAAUCCUGAUACAGAAUAGAAUGACGCUAAAAUUUACAUUUUUAAACGUUUCAAAUGGCUCAAACAUUUUCAUUGUAGUUGGUCCAAACUUUGACAAAAGUUCGUCUGAAUGCUAAUACGGAUUUAUUUUUAAUGUGAUGCUUUUCUUAAAGGGAUCAUGUUCUUAACAUAUUUUAUAAUACUUUUAAUAUAAAGUGACUCAUCUAUAAGUUGGCAAGACGCUUUUACUGAAAUAAAUGCAGAGCAGUGGCAGAACAAAUGCCAAUGUCUAUAUUAAACAAGGAGGAAUAAAUUCUGUAUAGGAUUGUAUUCCCAAUUUACAUUAAAAAUAUGAUUGGAAAAGGAAA